AUGCAUUUAAAAAGGAGAUACGUAUAUUAUGGCAAUAAGACCUCGUGCUGCGCAUUGGACCGAGUAAUCAAGUUCUAUAAAAGCAGAGCUGAGAAGCUCCUGGAAGAGCGAAGCAACACAUGUGUAGAGCUGAAGCAUUCAGAUCCAGCUGAUCUGCUUCAACCCAAAGAUUUUCUGUACCAAGAUGGGAAGUUUAAAGUUAGAGCAAACAAAGGCGCACUCACUCAUUGACUGUGCACAGCCAGCAACAAGAACCUGGCAGAGGAAAUUUGAUGAUGAAGGCAAGAAGAUCGAAAUGUUUAGCAUGACCAUGAAUGAUAUGAUAUUAAUUGUGCCAAUGAUUUUUAAAGGACUGGUGAGAAAUGCUGAAGAAAGGGGGAAAGGCCGAGAUGUAAUCUAUGAUCCAUUCAAGAAAUGGAUGGACAAUUGCUACCGUGGUCUACCCCUUGGUGGGCUAGGUGCAGGAAGCAUUGGGAGAAGCUACAGAGGGUACUUUCAGCAUUUUCAGAUAUUCCCCGCUAUAUAUGAACAGAAGCCUAUCCUGGCAAAUCAAUUUUCAGCUUUCAUCUCACGUCCCAACGGAAAGAGCUACUCCACGGUUUUGUCUGCACCGACUGCCGAUGUCCUCAAGGGGGUCGACAAGGCCGGUAUCGGAUCUUGGGACUGGAAACUUAAGGAGAAGAAUUGCACUUAUCAUGCCUUAUUUCCAAGAUCUUGGACAGUAUAUGAUGGUGAACCUGACCCUGCAAUCAAAAUCACCUGCCGUCAGAUAUCACCAUUUAUCCCUCACAACUACAAAGAGAGUAGCUUCCCGGUUGUAGUUUUCACAUUUACGGUGCAUAAUACCGGGAGCACACCUGCAGAUGUAACAUUGCUCUUCACAUGGGCUAAUUCAGUUGGCGGGAGAUCAGAGCUGACUGGAAACCACACCAACUCUAAGAUGAUGGAGCGUGAUGGUGUGCAUGGCGUUCUUCUCCAUCACAGAACUGCAAAUGAUGGGCACCCUCCGGUGACCUUUGCAAUCGCAUCUCAAGAAACCGAAGAUGUCCGUGUCACGGACUGCCCUUCCUUCACAAUGGGCUCUUCUAGCUCCGGUGACUUCACGGCGAAGGACAUGUGGCAGGAGAUCAAGAAGCAUGGUUCCUUCAUCACCACCGACAAGGAGCCAAGAGCGUCCAAGCCUGGUUCAUCGAUCGGAGCAGCGGUUGCGGCGGCGACAACGGUGCCGGCAGGGGGAACCCGCGUGGUGUCGUUUGCGCUGUCGUGGUCGUGCCCCGAGGUGAAGUUCCCGGCCGGGAGAACCUAUCACAGGAGGUACACCACAUUCCAUGGCUUGGAUCGAGAUGCAGCGGCAGAGAGCUUGGCUCAUGACGCCCUCCUAGAACACAUGGAUUGGGAGUCCAAAAUCGAAGAGUGGCAGAGGCCUAUUCUGCAGGACAAAAGGCUGCCUGACUGGUAUCCGGUUGCACUGUUCAAUGAACUCUACUAUCUGAACGCUGGAGGCACCAUAUGGACAGAUGGACUACCUCCAAAGAUGAGCGUUUCUUCAUCCGGGGUAGGGACAGAGCCAUUCUCCCUUGCCACAACAUACCUGCCGGGCACCGCCGUGGACGGCAUCCUGAGCGCGGUGGCAUCUGCGACAGAGGACCAGCACUCGGCGGCGGCGUUCGGCGCGACGCUGCUGGGCGACGGCGAGGAGAACGUCGGCCAGUUCUUGUACCUGGAGGCGACGGAGUACUACAUGUACAACACCUACGACGUGCACUUCUACGCCUCCUUCGCGCUGCUCUCCCUCUUCCCGGAGCUCGAGCUGAGCCUCCAGCGCGACUUCGCCCGGGCCGUCCUCAUCCACGACCCCCGCCCCAUGGUCACCCUCGACGGCGCCACCGUGCUACGCAAGGUUCUCGGCGCGGUGCCGCACGAUAUCGGGCUGAAUGACCCCUGGUUCGAGCUCAAUGCGUACAUGAUCCAUGAUCCUGCACGGUGGAAGGACCUCAACCCCAAGUUCGUGCUCCAGGUAUACCGGGCCGUCGUCGUGACCGGCAACGCCGCCUUCGCGAAGGCGGCGUGGCCGGCGGUGUACCUGGCAAUGGCGUACAUGGACCAGUACGACCGGGACGGGGACGGCAUGGUGGAGAACGAGGGCCCCGACCAGACUUAUGACCUGUGGUCGGUGACCGGCGUCAGCGCAUACACCGGCGGGAUCUGGGUCACGGCGCUGCAGGCCACGGCGGCCAUGGCUCGCAUCGUCGGCGACGGCGACGCCGAGUGCUACUUCCACGGGAGGUACCUCAGGGCGAAGCAAGUGUACGACGCCGAGCUCUGGAACGGGACCUACUUCCGGUACGACAACAGCGGCGGCGAGACCAGUGAGUCGAUCAUGGCCGACCAGCUCGCCGGGCAGUGGUACGCCCACGUGUGCGGCCUGGAGCCGGUCGUGGAGGAGGACAAGGCCCGGAGCGCGCUGGCGACGGUGCUCGACUACAAUGUGAUGCGGGUGAAAGGCGGCGCCGUCGGGGCGGUGAACGGGAUGCGGCCCGACGGCGGCAUCGACAUGUCGUCGACGCAGUCCAAGGAGAUAUGGUCCGGCACCACGUACGCCGUGGCGGCGGCCAUGGUGCACGAGGGCAUGCCGGAGGGGGCGUUCAGGACGGCCAAGGGCGCCCAUGAUGCUAGCUGGGGGAAGGCCGGGUUCGGGUACGCGUUCCAGACGCCGGAGGCUUGGACUGCGGAGGGUGGCUACCGUGGGCUGCACUACAUGCGGCCGCUCUCCGUCUGGGCGAUGCAGUGGGCGCUGUCGCCGCCGGAGCUCCACAAGGACCUCGGGCUGGCGUCGGUGUCUCCGCCGGGGGACGCCGCACGAGGGAGGGAGAAGUUUGAUAAGGUGGCAGGGAUGCUGAGGCUGCCUGAAAAGGUGCAGCAUAAGGGGUUCUUCCUGGCUCUCUACCAUAGUCUCCGGCAGCUGGUGCUCCCAGCAUGCUGAUUCUUUGGACUUGGAAGUGCAACUCAAUAAAGCAGGCGAAUAAAUCCAUCGGGUAGGAAUUGGCAUCGUUGGAAAUGUAUUUCUUGCGUAAUGUUGGAUAGUUUCGUCCUACAUGAUUUGAAUGAUCGUUUUCUGCAAGGCGUUGGCCUAACCAGGCUUUGCAGAAGUGUGAAUUUGCUCAUAAAAUCAACAUUUCUAUCCAUCUGUUUUGGUGGAGAUUGUUACAGUUUUCAAGCAUAAUUUGCUUUCAAGGAACUGCUGAUUGUCUCAUGUACAAAAGCUGAGUUCACAAUUUUUAAUAAACGUAUAUGAUGUCACUUAA